GCAUGCGCGAUAGAACAGAUAGCUUCUUUUAUUUUAUUAUUGCCAACCAGCUAGGUCGCUAUCUUCUGCAAUAUACACUUGAGAUACAAAACCGCAGAUUUACAUGCGAAGAAAGUUUAAUUAAAUAUGAUUAAAUGAGUUACAGUUUGUUUCAAGUUAAUUAACAAAGGGAAAAAAUAAAGUUAUUUUAAUUGUAAUUAAUAAUUAAGUGUCACCAAUCACAUGACGCAUCAUGAGCUAUUUAGGAACGCUGAAAUUGAUCUGAGAGUAUUUUUCGUAGAUGUUAUAUUAUACAGCAACCACUGGUUCGAAGAUGUCAUUAAUCUUAGAUGUUUCUUUGGUGAUUUGUCUAGCAAUGAAGAUUAUUGUGUUGGUGGUGUUGUGUCUAUCUAUCAAUAACGUCAUCUAUCUGACAAAAACAGACGAAAAUGUCAUAAUCAUUAACGUUGUCAUAUUAUUCUUGCUUUCCUCGUUUGUAGCUAUUUGGAAGUAUAUCAAGAAAUUAAAAUUCAACAUUCAUACAAGUUUGGUAGACGAACAAGAUUUUUACACGAAUCACAAAAGUCAAGCAUCCUUAUACCCAACUGUACAAGCUAACAAGUUCAAUACUGUUUCUAGAUUAUUUUCAUUAUACCCAAUUAAUGGAUGCAAAACAAGUAAGAAGCACUUGCUCUUACAGGAGGAAGUGACAUCUGAACCAAUGAGUAUAUCUGUAUAAAUGACCUUGAAUGGUACAGCGUUCCUGAAGCUGAAGAACAUAUUAUAUGGUAUUGGUAUUAGUGAAUACCUUUCAGUAGACAUCUUUUAUCUUUAAAAUGAAUUGUCGCCAAAUCGCUGGAAUUUUUUAUAAAUGCUUUUAAAUAUUCAUCAAUAUGUAUGCCAAAGUGAAAUGGAAUGUUUAAAUUUCUUUGGCUUGAAACAGUCAAGACGGGAUAAGAUAUUCAACCCGGAUUAUUUUAUGGAAAUGUUCAAAAAUGAUUUUGACGAAGGUUUUUUACCUGUAAAUCAGGGGAAAAUAUAUUAUGUCAACUGUGAGGUAUUUGUUUUUAACGUGUAAGUAACUUUUUAAAUACUGUUUUAAGUAUAAUGUAAUUAUAUGGAGAUGAAAUUCUGAAUCUUAUUUCAAAUAAAAAAUAAAAAAGACAUUUUAAAACACUGUUAUAAUUACUACAGUAGAACUGCACAAGUGUGAGUUUACGUUAUUACGUAUCAUAAUAACGUCGUAUGGAUCUUGAAAAUUUUUAAACCUGAAUUUGAAAAUAUGAUACACGUUGUAACCGUGUACUCUCAACUUACAUGACUAAAACCAAAUUUACGUAAGUUAUGUAAGUAUAAAGUGGGGCUGCAGGGUGAUAUCAUUGAUUUUAACAAACUGUCGGACGAAAUACACUUCAUAAAAUGACAUAUAAAAAACUUAUUCAGGUUAGUUUUUUAUACUCUCUCUAUUUUUAUUAUAUAAUGAGUAGAAAUUCCAUGUCCGUUCGGUGAGUAUUAAGACAGCACCGUGUAGCGUAGCGUAUCACUUUGUAAUCCUGUCGCACUUUGAAGUCUUCUAUUUUUAAUAUAUUUUGUGUAUGAAAUAAGCAAAAAACAGGUGACAGUUCAAAUUGCCAUAUUUAAUUCAGUUUGAACUGCACAUCAAAAUCAUUUUUAACUUCACGUUUAUAUUUAUGUAAAAAAUUUUUAAAUUUGUCUUGUAAAUCAUAUUAUAAUGUUUCCAUUAUUACGCUCUCAAACCACAAAACCGCAAGAUUGUUUAAAAACAUAAAUACAUCUAUCACAAAAAACCUAUUGUGUAUCGAAAUCAAGCUUGAUUUUACCAAUAACUAGAGAACAUUGUGUGGAGAAAAAGCAACAACUUUCAUGUCUUCACGUGUACAGGUACCUACAGAUAAACUGGCCCAGUCAUGCCCAACUGUUAGAAUUUUUCUUAACUUCUGUCUUACCUUCGAAUCAAACCAUCAGAAAUCUUGCACAGAAAGUGUCGUAUCUUCAUUACUGAAGCGUGCCAACAGCGUAGUCAGUGACAAACAGGAGAGGAAAGAAGAAAUUCGACGUGUAAGAAAUGCAUUAAUCGCAAAUGGACACUGUCAUAAAAUCAUCAUGCAAGUAGAAAAUAAAAUGAAGAGAAGAUGCAACGGAGACAACACGGAAACAUCAGAGGAAUUUAUCGCAUCAGCAUUCCUACCCUUCGUACCAGGUACCAGCGAGAUCCUUCGUCGAGUUUUAAGACAACACAAGAUCAAAUGCAUUCUUAACUCUAAAGACACCCUAAGAAACACUUUGUCUAAACCAAAAGACAAAAUAAACAUGGAAGAACAAAACAAUGUUGUUUACGAAAUCCCGUGUAAAGAUUGUGAUGCAGUGUAUAUAGGCGAAACAAAAAGAAAGUUUAAGCAACGUGUACAAGAAUAUAUGCGCGCAGUGAGAAACGGAGAUGUGAAGAAAAACGAAAUUGAGGACCACAGCUGGAGCAGAAGUCAUCAGUUUAAUUGGAGAAUAAAAUCAUUGACAGAGAAUCCAGAACAACGGCCAGGAAGAUUAAAGAAACCAUCAACAGUGUAGAACGUCACAAACACAUAAACAGGAUCUCAUAUCAACUUCCUGAGAUUUGGUUACCAGCCAAGUCGUUACUUGCAUCUCGGUCCGAAAAUGUUAAUUACCGUAAUUAACUGUAACUAUCAGCUCGUUUCUGAUUGGUUGUUUUUUAUGAAUUUCGAUCCUCUGCAAUUAUAUAAAUACAUGCUCAACAUCAUUUUACUUUGCCCGAUGAUGGGAGAAGGAUCUCCCGAAACGUCGCCUACUAAACUAUGAUGUUUAAGAAAUGAUAAACUUUCCACAGUAAUAUGAAUACUGAACAGACAAAUAAUAUCUUCAAUAAUGUUAGAAUUUUGAUUAGAUAAUUUCUAACAAUAGCAAGAAGUGUUUAAUUGUUUAAAACUAAAACAUUGUGACCGCGAAAAAAAUCCUAUGUUGUUGGCGGCGCCUUUUAAGUCAUUUUUUUUAUUGCUUUCCAUUAUUAGUGGUUUAAAAAGAUCAACUAAAAAAAUUGUUCCUGUUCAGAAACUUAUCAAGCAUAAGUCUGCAACGCCAAUUUGUUGUUGAAGUUUGAAUAUUAGAAUGGUAUGACAUAUGUGCUAGGUAAAAGUGUUUUAGUUGUUGUGGGUUGUUGUGUUCGUGGCUAUUGUUGUAGUUGUUGUUGUUGUUAUUGUUAUAGUUGUUGUUGCUGUUUCUGAUGUUGUUAAAUUGUUAUUAAUACAUGGUAUUGUUUUCCAAUGGUUUUCGCUCUGACACUCAAAAUUUUAUACAUUUUAAAGUUGAUCCUGUAUGUUUCUAGUAAUCUUUGAAAACAAAUAUUAGGUGCCGUGAGCACCUUGUGUAUUUUCAGACAUCAUAAUUAAAAUUUGUAAUAGUAUAAAUAUGUAAAAGCUAUGUGUAGCAAAAGCUUUUAUUUUGUCUGUGAGUUUGGUUUGCUGCCUCAAAUUGGCAAAACACAGAAACACAUUCAGUCAGUAAUUGGCCAGUUUCAUGAAAACGUACUGAUUGUAAUCUAAAAUUUAGCUAAGCUUCAUUAAAACGUUGCCGCUGUUCACAAAGUUUUGCAUAAUGGUAGCGUUCUAGUAGAAUUAUAGAUUUUUAUGGAAAUCAAGAUUGAUUUUUUCCCUAAGUAUUUUUAUUCAUUUGGCUAGACGGUUUCUAAUUUUUACAGCCAUGGUAGAUAUUUUUUUAAAUAUGGGAGAUUUCUACCGGCAAGUAAAACUGCUAACUAUUUGAGGGCUUCUAAUUAAGCAAUUCUCUCAAUUAAAAUAAGACAAAGUCUGAAUAAGCUUGUGUCAUAAUACGGUACUUGCGGAAAGUGCAGUUAGCGCAUCUGUGACGCUAUUUUUUGCGAUAUAUCAUUCAGGUGUAGUUUCGUGUUUCGUCGAUUCGCAUAACUUUUCGUGCUUGUGGUCGUUGAGGCGUGUAUCAUUUCGCCGCUAAGUAUGUUCAUGCUUUUUCAUAUGGGAUAACUAACUUUUUGAACUGCUUUGUGAAAUGACAACAGAAGUCCCAAGCGUAUGAGUCGAGGUGUGUAACAAUUUUGUUGUUGUAUUUCAUUAGUAUAGUACGAUAAGUCAAGCACAAACUAUUAAUAAAAAUAACAAUUAAAACACAACUACUAUUGCAAGAAUGAGGUAGAACAAAAAAAUCAAGGGUUGAAUAAUAAUAAUUAAUAAUAAUAUAUAGUUAUCUUAAAAAUUACGUGCAAUCCAAUUGCUUUUUAUCAAUUUGCAAAUACAAAUUCUAGUUUCAUGUUAACCAACAUUCUAAAUUGUUAACCUCUUGCAACUAUUGUAAUCUUUCCCCAGGUAUAUUUACACUUUAUCUGUACUUUUAUACAAUCCAGUCUUUGUGUUGCUCAGAAAACCAGAGUCAAUAUGUAUUUAAGUAUCCGUAAACUUCAACUUCACAUAAGUGAAACUGUGCAUUAUUAUAUUGAACAAGUCGAACGAUUCUUCCAAAUAUUUCCUCCUCACAUUUCGAGUUCAAAUUCGUAAAAUCCAGCUCCUUGAUAGAAGCACAUGUGUUCCAUUCUGUUGUAUCAGCGAAUUUUACCAAUAUUUCCAAGUUAGCGGCUCGACUACUGCAACAAUCAGUACGCGGAUGUAACGUUACGCUAGUUAUAACUGCAUUUUCCAUAAUGUCAACUUGCCACCAAGGUGCAGUUUCUACCAUUGUGGAAAAGCAAGAUAAUCCUUGAAUAAGAUCCCCAUUUGUAUCUCCGUCCACGCCUUUUGAAGCUACCAUUGGCUUCAAAACACGGCUUCUGUAGAUGAAAGUGCUGGAUUGUGUGGCAGGUUUUCCCUCCGAUAAUUUUAUCUCAACUUAAAAGAAAAUAUAAAUCACCAUAUAAAUAUUGUGCUUAGCUAUGUCAUUAAGACGCUUUCUGUCCAGUAUUUAUCAAAAUAAAUCAGCUGUUUGAACCGAAAAUGUCCUUUAUAUGCUAAAUUUUGCGAUGCAUAAAAUUGUUAUUAAGUAUAACAUCGGAAUUCACAGAUUACGCUGCAGGAAGUCAAAGACUUCAUCUUGUUUUGCUCGACAUUGAACAUUAUUGUAAGUUCGCUACUUACUCUUCUUAAGCUAAAUGUAGAAGUGGUUUUAUAAACAUCACCUGAAUUGCAAUGAGUUUUUAAUUCAUUUGGAAAGACUAACAAAAAAUAUGCUUCUAAGUAACAAACGCUAUUCAAUAAUAUAGAGGACACAUUACGUUCAGAAAUACUUUCUGACUAAAAAGUCAGAAUAAGUCAAGGGAAUUUCAUAUAUCCAGAAUUAACCCUGUUUGAUUAAAAAUUCACCCUGCUCUACGUCCAUACUAUUCUAACAAACUAUUUCAUACCUCUAAAUGAAAAUUCACCUAUUCUAAUCUAUUAAAACCCUUUAAUCCUCUAGAUUUAAAUAAAAUUACCACCUACGCCACCUCUCAUCAAUGAGCCCUCCACUCGGUUACCAAGGAUAAAAAAGUUAAUUAAACUUUCAUAUGGAUUUGAUUUAACGUAUGCUGGUUAGGUGUUGUAGUUAAUUUUUUCUGGUUAGGAUUCAAUGUAAGCUAGUUAGGUGUCGCAGUUAAUGCAAGCUCGUUUAGUGUCGUAGUUAAUGUAAUCUGGUUAAGUGUUGUAGUUAAUGGAAGCUGGUUAAGUGUCGUAGCUAAUGUAAGCUAGUUAAGUGUCGUAGUUUAUCCAAGCUGGUUAAGUGUCGUAGGUAAUGUAAGCUGGUUAAGUGCCUUAGUUUAUGUAAGCUAGUUAAAUGUCGUAGGUAAUGUAAGCUGGUUAAGUGUUGUAGUUAAUGGAAGCUGGUUAAGUGUCGUAGCUAAUGUAAGCUAGUUAAGUGUCGUAGGUAAUGUAAGCUAGUUAAGUGUCGUAGGUAAUGUAAGCUGGUUAAGUGCCUUAGUUUAUGUAAGCUAGUUAAAUGUCGUAGGUAAUGUAAGCUGGUUAAGUGUUGUAGUUAAUGGAAGCUGGUUAAGUGUCGUAGCUAAUGUAAGCUAGUUAAGUGUCGUAGGUAAUGUAAGCUAGUUAAUUGUCGUAGGUAAUGUAAGCUGGUUAAGUGCCUUAGUUUAUGUAAGCUAGUUAAAUGUCGUAGGUAAUGUAAGCUGGUUAAGUGUUGUAGUUAAUGGAAGCUGGUUAAGUGUCGUAGCUAAUGUAAGCUAGUGAAGUGUCGUAGGUAAUGUAAGAUGGUUAAGUGUUGUAACUAAUGUGAGCUGGUUAAGUGUCAUGGUAAAUGCAAGCUGGUUAGGUGUUGUAGUUAUUGUAUGCUGGUUAGAUGUCGUAGUCAAUGUAUGCUGGUUAUUUUGCGUAGUUAAUGUAAGCUAGUUAGCUGUCUUAAUUACCGUAAGCUGGUUAAGUGUCGUAGUUAAUGUAAUCUGGUUAAGUUUCGUAGCUAAUGUAAGCUGGUUAAGUGUCGUAGUUAAUGCAAGCUGGUUAAGUGUCGUAGUUAAUGUAAAUUGGUUAGAAGUCGUAGUCAAUGUAUGCUGGUUAUUGUGCGUAGUUAAUGUAAGCUGGUUAGCUGUCUUAAUUAACGUAAGCUGGUUAAGUGUCGUAGUUAACGUAAGCUAGUUAGGUGUCGUAGUUAAUGUAAGAAAAAAAUUUAAUUUGUUUUACUUCAAGUUAUUCGCGUAUCAGUAGCUUAAUGACAUAAUUAUAUUCAACGGUUUGAGACCAAAACGCUAUAAAUUUGUGUGUUAUCUCAACAAUUUUCUUUGUAGAAUGAAUUCAAAUUCGACUGUUGUUAUUUUUGUACAUAGAACAUUUGUAUAAAAGAUUAGUCAACGUUUAAAGAAGAGGGGGUAAACUAUGAGAAUGAUUUGAAUACUUUUUAAUUUUUAUAAUAUUUACAAAAAACAUAAUUUCAAUCAAGACCUCUGGCAAAAUAAAAUUAUUUCUACUUUUGUUUAGCUAUGAAAUUGAAGUUAAAAACAUAAGCGCACGCAACAUUUAUUUUCUUUGACAAGCAUAAUUUUUAUUUUGAAAGUUCUUAGGCACUCAAAUCCUGAGACAUGACCAAAUCUGGAUUUUUUUUGAACGAGCCAAAACGCUUUAAAUCAAAGUGUAUUUAAGAGAAUAUUCUACCUUACGCUUUCUAAGAAAAUUCCUACUGCGAUUGUGUUUUUCUACUCACCUUUUUGACAUGUACUUCCAGCAUAACCUUGCGAACAUGAGGACUAGAGUAAGGAAUAAAAAAUAAUUAUUUACGGGUUCUUUAGGUCCGCUUUCACUCUCAUCCCCUAUGGGAAGAGCUAUGGAUAUUGACUUUAUUCUGUUUUCUUUCAAAAUUCUUAAUUGUUUCUGUAAUAAUUUCAUCAAACCUUUGCACUUCAUUUGUGGAUAAAAUUGCAAGUAAAAAUUAUA